AUGCCACUAGAUCCUAUCACCGCCUUGGGUUUGGCCUCUAAUAUCAUUCAGUUUAUGGAUUUUAGCUGGAGACUGCUAAAUGACGCUCACGAAAUUUAUCACUCUUCGACAGGGGUUACUUCCCAAAAUACGGAAAUUGCGACGAUAGCGGAGGACCUAUCUCGUCUUAGCGAGAAGCUAACUGGUCCAAAACCAAACUCACCAGCGGAAGAAAAGAUUUGGCAUAUUGCUAAUUCGUCUAAACUAGUAGCAGAUGACCUACUAUCCGCAGUCCUGGUUCUAAAAAGGUCGGACAAAAAAUCCCGUCGGUGGCGAAGUUUCCGACAAGCUCUCGACGGCUUCUGGAAUAAGGAUAAGAUUAUCAGGCUUCAAAAUCAGUUGAAGGAGCUACGUAGUCAACUAUCAAUACAUAUAAUUGAAUACAUAAGCACACGGCAAACAUCGAUUCUCAGAACAUUGGGAACACUUCAAGAUCUAUGGGCGGAAAUUGACUCUAAUCAAAGGCAGAGAAUCACGCCCCUUAUUGAAGAACUACAGACUCUUGUGCAGCAUGGCCAGGAGAUAAAUGAAAGCCAGUUGAAUGAAAUUAAUGAUAAAUUAGGACGAUGUUUUGAUGAGACAAAAAGGUUUGACCGAGAAUAUACAAUUCUCAAGAGUCUUCAUUUUGAGAAUAUGUCUGCUCGGCAAUCUUCGAUUGUGGAAGCACACAGCAAGACGUUUGACUGGAUCUACGAACCUCGGAGGUGGCCCUCGUCAGAUCCGCGCUCGCAAAUAAAAUUCCAUCAUUGGUUGCGUCAUGGAGAGGGAAUAUACUGGAUUUCUGGGAAGCCUGGGUCCGGUAAAUCUACUCUGAUGAAGUACCUCGGCCAGUCUGAAAGGACAAAACAUUUUCUUCAAGACUGGGCCAAUGGAGCGCGACUUGUUAUUUCAAAAUUUUACUUUUGGAUUGCUGGGACAGAGUUACAGAAAUCUCAGCAAGGUCUUCUUCGGCAGUUAUUAUUCGAGAUCUUCUCGGGUUUUCCAGAUUUGAUACCAGUUAUGUGCUCAAAGCGAUGGGAGAGUGCAGGAGGAUCCGGCUCAUCCUUACCGUUGUCAUGGUCACAUAAUGAAUUACUUGAAGUAUUCAAUCGUUUCGAAGAUGCGAAAUUGCAGGCCCUCAGUACAUCGAAGAUUUUCUUCUUUAUUGACGGAUUGGAUGAAUAUAAUGGAGACCAUUUUGAGCUAAUCAGGACAAUUCAAACUAUCACAAAGCUAAAAAACGUGAAACUAUGUGUCUCAAGCCGGCCAUGGAACUGUUUCGAGGAUGCCUUCGGUCAAGAUCCGCGUCACAAACUCUACCUUCAAGAUCUUACUAAGGACGACAUCGCAAAGUAUGCGCGAGAAAAGCUUCAAGAGUUACCAGGAUGGAACAUUUUAAAAGGCAGCCACUCGAGGUAUCAGCAAAUAGUUCACGACAUUGUGCAGAGAGCUCAAGGAGUAUUUCUUUGGGUGUUUCUUGUUAUCAGAUCUCUGAGAGAAGGCCUUGCAAAUGGAGACAGCAUUGCCUUGCUGCACGAACGGCUUUUAGAACUGCCAUCUGACCUUGAAGAGUUUUUCGAGAGGCUAAUCAAGUCCGUCGAUAGGGUGUAUCAAAAAAGAAUGAGUGUUACAUUCCAGGUGGCUUUGCAAGCCCAUGAGCCACUGCGUCUCAUCGUAUACUCCAUACUUGAUGAAGAACAGAAUGCCGCGACGCAGUAUCCUAUACGACCGCUCAAGUCAGAUGUUCUCAAAUUUGACGGCUUUCAAGAAAAAGAGAAAAACAUGCAUCGCCAACUGAAUGGUAGAUACAAGGGACUUUUGGAAGCUCCUGGGUUUCCUAAGCACAAGAAGGUGGACUUUCUCCAUCGUACUGUACGUGAUUUCCUGGCGACCAAAGGCAUGCAAGAUCUGUUUGAUUCUCAAUGCGGAAGAUCUUUCGAUGCCAACCUAUGUGUGUGUCAGGCUCUAGUCACUCAAGCAAGAGUCUAUCCCCAAAGUAUGAGCAAUGGUGAUUUGAGAACGUUUAUGAUAUUUGCUCGUAAUCUUGAAAUUGCGAAUGGAAGAACCGACUUGCGUCUACUGGAUGAGAUGGAUUAUUUUUACUACAAUAUAAGGGGUCAGUCACGAUUGUCAGCUCACGAAGACUUUCUAGAGAAAGCUAUUCAAUUUGGUUUAGCUUCAUACAUCGAGCACGUUAUAAUGAGAAACCCAUAUUUUGCUCACAUCGAUGACGGGAAAGCUCUAACUAUAGCUCUUGAGCCAUUUUUAAUGUUGCCUGACCCAAAGUCUGUUCUGAAGACCUCUCGCAAAAUGCUUGACUUGGUAUUAGUUCAUGGGGUGCAUCCGAAUCAGAGAAGAAACGACAGCACCAUAUUCCGCACCUUUCUCGACUCUUAUCCUUUUACAGCAAUAGAAAAAGAUGAAGAGGAGGCCGCACUCCAUUUUCGCAUUUUUAAUCAGUCGCUUUCACUUCUACUCCGCCGAGGAGCAGACAUGAGGCAGGCAUUUCAAGGGGGAAACUGCUGGUUUUCGAAUGUUCUAAAUUAUAUAGGCAGCUUUCAAAGAAAUCUACAACUCAUUCGAGGGAUUCCAGAGACAUUCCACGUGUUUCUAGAGAAUGGAAUGGACAUCAGAAAUAUAAGAGGGCUAUGGAGUUCAUUGCUUUUCGUCACUCUCACAAGUCAGACCAAUCACGGCAUAAACGGCAGCUUAUGCUUCGAAAUGAUGAAACUCCUCUUGGAGAACGGGGCAAAUCCGAAACGCAUAAUAAAAUGUCACGGAGAACGAAUUGAAGGUCACGGAGAACCAAUCGACGAGGCGCUUCAUUCAGUGGCAACAAUCAUAGAUUUUGUUUUCGAAGAAGACAUGCGGCGCGAACUCAAUGUCGUACUUGGUCGUGCAAUUCGAAAGGAGAGGAAACUUAACCAAGAUGAUACACGCCACGGCUUAUCGAGAAAGCACCGACUGGAUGAUGUUGUCUAUCACGAUGACACUUAUCGGAAAAGGGCUAAAUCGUCCAUUAGAACUCAUGAAGCCGAGCUUUCUGGAGAAAACGACCUGCACAAUGGUAGACAUAACUGAAUUAUUUAAUUCAUUAUCGUUUUCGCAGCUACUGUAUAUCACUUGAAAAAAUAUGUUGAGAUUCUCCCGAUAUUUUCAUUUCUGCCAAAAG